ACUUUUGCAUAUCCAAACAAGAUGGCGGCUUCCACCUCUCAGAGCAAAUUUUCGAGAGGAACUGGCUCAGUUAUUCCUCCUUUACCAAUGAUUCAAGACCAUUUUUCAGCUGCUGUUGGGAAAAGCAGCAUUGUAGUGAAAGUAGUAGCAGUUGUCGUCAUAAUUGGCUACUUCUUUUCAUUUAUUUCAUCUGCUAUUCCAUACAUCACGAUAACUCCUGGAUAUGUCAUGCCCCCCAACUUUCGUGUUUACAGUUUUAUUUUCUAUUGUUUUGUAGAGCUACACUUUUGGCACGUUUUAUCAGAUAUUGCUGUUAUCGUGCUGUUUGGUAAACUUCUUGAACCAUUAUGGGGUGCUCCAGAUAUGCUGCUGUUUUUUAUAAUUACAAACAUUGGAGUUGGAAUCAUGACAGCAUUUCUCUAUUUUUUUAUUUAUCUGGUGACACUCGAUGAGAAGUAUUUGUUUGAAGUACACAUCUAUGGCUUAGCUGGAUAUAUAGCUGGUUUUUGUGUGGCUGUGAAGCAAGUUAUGCCAGAUCAUUGUCUUGCAACUCUUCCUUUUGGCAAACUGAGAAAUACCCACAUCCCAAUCACUUUAUUAAUUUUGGUGAUACUUUUGCGAAUUGCUGGCUUGUUACCUGGGCCUUAUCCAUAUAUGUUUGCUAGUGGAAUGAUUGUAAGCUGGGUAUACCUGCGAUUUUACCAGAAGCACACAAAUGGAAAUCGUGGUGAUAUGGCUGAUAACUUUAGCUUUGCUAGUUUCUUCCCAAGUCAGUUCCAGCCAUUAAUUGCCAUAAUAUCCAAUUCAGUAUUUAGUGCUCUAGUUAAAGUGAAACUUUGUAAGAAACCUCAGCGUCGGUAUGAUGUCAGCUCACCUACAACUAUCACUGUAACAUUACCUGGUACAGAGCCUCACGAUGCUGAAAGAAGAAAACAACUUGCAUUGAAAGCUUUAAAUGAAAGAUUGAGUAAACCAGAUAGCACUCCUAGUUGGCCUUCCCUGGAUGAUGAGGGACCAGCAAGCCCUUCAGAGCCUUUAAGUCCUUCCUCUCCUCAUCCACCAGCCCAAGCACCAGCUGCUACCAAACUGCCAAUUCCCGAAUUUAAAGACAGUGCUAAACAAGUGAAAUCCCCACCAGAAAAUGUUUAAUUAUUUUCUAUUUGUGACUGGAUAUUAGUACUUCAAAAAUGAUUUAUAUGAUUUUUUGAUGCAAAUGAAACAGAUAUAACUUAUAAAGCAAGUGUGAUUUAAAGUUAGCCUGGUAGGAAUUGGCCUUAAAUCUUUUUUAAAAAUUGGAAACAAAUAUUUCCAGGUACACAUUUUUCCUUUUCUGUGGACACAUAUUACAUUACAUAUUUAAACUCAAGAUGGUAACAUAACAUGCUAUAAAAAGGGGUCUUGAUAUUGACUUUUGGCAGCUUGUUGUGGCAUUCUUUAAAACUUUUGGACUAGCCUCCAAAGCAUUAGUAACACAAGUUAACACCCCAUCAAAGUGUUGUUGAGACAAGUCAAUACACCAUUAAAGUAUUUAAUUUAGACACAAGCUGACACAUAAAACCAAGUUGUUUGUAAAAAAAAAAUUGAGACAUUCUUUGAAUCGUUUAGGCUUAAUUCCUGAACUUCUUUUGGGACAAUUUGGCAUGCAACAUCCUGAUUAUUUCACUAGUUACUGGGACAGUUUACGCCAUCAUUUUUCUUUGGCGUCACAUGUUAGUAAUGAUGAAUAAGUUAGCACAAACCACAGAUGUAGCUUUCCAAAGUUAAAUUGUUCAACCAGAAAUAGGACCUAUGUUAAACAACAUAUUUUUUUAAAAAUUCAGUGUACAGCGUUGGUUGAUGUACAUAGUGGGAAACUUUUUUUUUCCUAUUGUUCUAAUCAUCACAUAUUCAAAUAUUUUUCAUCUAACUACUCUCUAAUUAAAGGAAAAAAAGGCCACACAUAACUGGGGAUUAUGUGCAAUGCAUAUCUGAUUAAACAAAAAGUGAAAACUUCUAUUGAUUAUUUAUUAUUUUAAAAUAUAUCUUAAUUAUAAUGCAUUAAAAAAAAGGAUCUAUUUAACAGCAAGUGUUUGUCUAGUUUUCAUAAACUUGGUGGAAACCUUAUCUGACUUUAGCAGAAAGUGCUUUUGGCCUGUCUAUUUAUCUUGGUUUAAAUUAAUUUUAAUGUAAUUGAUAGGUUAUUUUUGUUUAACAAUUGUAUCAAUUUCUUGACUGGUUUGGCAUGUGAUUGAGCUCCAGUGUAGACAUUAAGGUCUUGUUACUUGUGCUUCUGUAAUCUGUGAUCAUUCUUAUUCACUACCCUAUGUCAAAUGUUGAUAGCAGCAUUUGGGAAAUGGAAUUUUAAACAGCUCCACUAUACUCUUUUAAAAUUGGAUUUGAUAAUGACUGUGCUUGCUGUCAAACUGGUUUGUUGAUUACAUUCUUGCUAAGUGCAGAAAUAUCAGAAUUUUUUUCUGUCUGUUGUUUGAAAACUAACAUUUGAAUAUGUAUAUACCCUGGGUUUUUUGUACAGUGCUUAACCGUUGGCUUUUCAUUUUGACAGUUAAUGUUUUCAUUAAAUGUCUGACAGUUAACAAUGUGUUGCCAUUAAAUGCAUUGUAAACUGCUGAGCUGUCAAUUAUACAUGAAUAAUUUAAACUAAGUUGGUUAAGAGUUUUGCUAUUUUAUUCACUCUAAUAAUAGGUUGUUUUAAAUUGAACAUUUGCAGAGCUUCCUUUUUUUUUCUUCUCCUAGUUCCUCCAUCCCUACCACCUCUAGAGCUCUGGCCCAUUUCUUUUGUUUGUCAUCUUACAUUUUCCUUCUUGGUGUUGAUUUUUUUUUUAUAUAUAUAUAUAUAGCCAAUAUAUAUUUUUUUAACACCAAGGUUUGUCUUCUUCAUUGUAUUUUAAUUUGUAAUAUAUGCAUUUCAUUUUAAAUCAGUGAAACAUCCUAACAUAACAGGAUGCUUGAUGUAUCUAAUACAAAUAAUUUUUUUAUUGCAUUCCAUAAUAAAAUGCCUCAUAUUUUUUAACUGUGUAAUAUAUAAAUCAUGUCCAAUAAAGUUCUCUAUGAGCC